UAGGAGGAGGAGGAGGAGGCGGACCGGACCGGACCGGACCGCCCUCCUUGUCCCUCCCUCCUUCUCCAAGUAAUCUGGGCGCCCGACUUCUCGCAAGCGGCCGAGGCGAGGCGUUUGCGCUCUUGGAGACGCGGAACCCGGGCAGCUGCUCCGCCGCGCCACCAUGGAUUCGGAUUCCGGAGAGCUGAGCGAGGGGGAGCUGGUUUCUUCAGCAGGUCCCGAAAGCUUCAGUUCAAAGAGCCUUGCGCUGCAAGCCCAGAAAAAGAUAUUGAGUAAAAUGGCCACCAAGACCAUGGCUAACAUGCUGAUUGAUGAUACCAGCAGCGAAAUCUUCGACGAAUUAUACAAAGUGACCACGGAGCACAUGAAGAACAAGAAAGAAUCCCACAAAAUCAUGAGGGACUUGAUUAAAGUGGCCAUCAAAAUUGGGAUCCUCUACCGAAACAAUCAGUUCAAUUCCGAAGAGCUGGAGAUUGUCGAGAAGUUCCGCAAGAAGCUGAACCAAGCAGCCAUGACGAUUGUUAGCUUUUACGAGGUGGAGUACACUUUCGAUAAAAAUGUCCUCUCGGAACUCCUGAACGAGUGCAAAGACCUUGUGCAUGAACUCGUGGAACGGCACCUGACAGCCAGGUCUCAUGCGCGAAUCAAUCACGUCUUCGACCAUUUCGCAAAUGUGGAGUUCCUCACUGCCCUCUAUAGCCUUGAUGGGGAAUGCCGACCACACCUCAAAAAGAUCUGUGAUGGAAUCAACAAACUGCUAGAUGAGAAAGUCCUUUGAAACUUUGCCCUUUCUUAAAAACAAAACAGCAACUACACAAGUUUCAGUUAAGAAAUGUAACCAGAGAAUUGGGACCAACUAUUAGCUUCCUGGGCAUAAUCCCAAAAGAGAAUAGCCUGGUUUGCACACUAAACCAUGGUUUGUUAAACUACAGUUUCUUUAACCAUGGCUUAGUAUUAUGCAUGACCCCAGCAGCUUAACUAUGGUUUAUUAACUAUGGUUAAAAGUUGCUUGUUAAUCAAGGUUUGUAGUUGGCUUAUAAACCAUGGUUACUGUAAACCAUAGCUCAGUGUUACAUGUGAACCCAGCUCAACACCUCCUCCUUAAUGCUGCUUAUGGAGUCAUCACCGCUCAAAAGGCACAGAGCUGUAACUAAAUAGCAGCUCUUCUGGGCUUGUGUCUCUUUGAUGGAGGGAUGUAAUAAACUAAGGCUUAAGCGGCCAUCUGCCAGAUGUUUCCACUUUAAUUAUGGUUUUAUUAAUGACGGUUAGUGUUAACCGUGGUUUAACAUUUAGCAUUAACCAUGGUUUAGUGUUAUGUGUGAACCAGGCCAUUCCAGAGCAUUUGCAUUCAUUUUGUAAUGGAAAGCAAAGCAAGCCCAACACUUCAGACCACAAAUAAACUGAGCAUUUUCUGAUGAAAGGCCAUUUGUGAUGGGGAAGGAAAUGAUUACAUACCAUGAUCUCAAUAUUGCUGUGUUGUGGAUACAGUUUGAUGUGCCAAAAAUGAAACCUGAAGUUCCAUGCCAUUGAGCAAACAUGCCCACAUUUAUAUUGCAGAAGAACGAAACCCAUGAGGUGAAGUGGAAAGAAUGGGCUCUGAAUAUCAUUUUUUAAAAAAACAACUGAAAAUCUCCUCUUUUUAGCACAUGAUCCAAACAGAGAAUAGUUCCAUAUGCCAGGAAUGAGGGCAAAGCACAACAAAAGCAGGAAAAUUGCUUCUCUUAUGGUGAAGCAAUACCAAGAAAGGGAUGAAAAAGUUGUGCCAAUCUCUUAAAGACUUUUAAAGGGGGUGCUGCAGAAAGAUUGUGCAGAUUCUGCGCUGUCAAAGCUAUUAUUCAUAAGGGUAUGCAUUGGCUGGGGGGGGGGUGUGAAGAAGAAGAUGGUGAACUGGGGUGAUUUUGGGGCUCGUCCCUCCACUCCUCCAUUUAAGCAUUAUGCCAGUAACACACACAUCCCGGCAGUUGAAUCAGAGUCCCCACAAUGCCUGUUGUUUCUGUUCAAUCAGUGGCGGAGCUUCAUGCUCCAGCACUGG